AUGAUUAAAACAAAUAAAGGCGAAUUUAUUGAUAUGAAAAUAGAAGAUGUUACAACAACAACUUUUCCAAGUCCGGCAGUUGAGAAUACAGUGCAAGAAAAUAUAGUACCGUCAGGAUCCCGAUAUCCAUCGAACAACGCUGAAAUACGAAAAAGUAAUGAUUCAGGAAAUACUGAUAUUGAAAAUGCUGAAGAUCAACCACAUGUAGAAGAAGAAAUUAUUUUUGAAAGUAAAACGACAAAACACAGACGACGUAAAUCGCCGUUCAAAGAAACACCUUUAGUAGUACCAAGCAAAGUUAAUAAGCUAAAUGUUCCAGCUAACUAUAAUGGAAGUCAAAUGGUCAUGCCGACAGGCGAGCAGCUAUUCUGGCUGGGUGAAACUCAUCCAUCUUCACCUGGCACUGCUUCGUGCCAAGAUUUCAAAGAAAUUAGGUCUCAGUGUUUGGCUGACGGCAAAUUAUUCGAAGAUCCGGAGUUCCCAGCAACAAAUCGCAGUUUGUACUACAAAGAACGACCGAGAAACCGGCUGAAAUGGCUCCGACCUAAGGAAAUUUGCGAAAAUCCGCAACUGUUCGUGGAGGGCUACAGUCGCUUCGACGUGCAGCAAGGAGUGCUCGGCGACUGCUGGCUGAUGGCCGCUGUCGCCAACCUCACGUUACAUAGAAAUUUGUUCUACCAAGUGGUACCAAAUGACCAAAGUUUUGAUGAGGAUUAUGCCGGCAUCUUUCAUUUCCGGAUCUGGCAGUACGGUCGUUGGGUGGACGUCGUGAUCGAUGAUCGUCUACCCACCUACAGAGGGAACCUCUAUUUCCUACAUUCCACCGAAAGGAAUGAAUUCUGGGGUGCUUUGCUGGAGAAGGCUUAUGCUAAAUUACACGGUUCCUACGAGGCACUUCAAGGUGGUUUAAUAUACGAAGCAAUGGUGGACUUUUCUGGGGGUGUCACUGAGAAAUAUCUAAUGACGUCACUCCCUGACAACUUCUUUACCAUACUGUUAAAGGCGUAUGAGAGAAACUCGCUCCUGGGUUGCUCCAUUAAAGCGGACCCCAACACGCGAACAGCAAAGACACCGGCCGGCCUAAUCCGCGGCCACGCCUACUCCGUGACGCGUGUCACGUACGUCGACUUCAAGAAGCGCGGCCGAGCCGACAAGAUACCACUAUUGCGGCUGAGGAACCCCUGGGGGAACGAGGACGAAUGGAACGGCGCCUGGAGCGACAAGUCUCCGGAAUGGCAAUUCAUACCGAAGUCAGAACGCGAGGAGUUGGGCUUGACUUUCAGCGAUGACGGCGAGUUCUGGAUGUCUUUCGAGGACUUCGUCAGUCAUUUUGAUAGGGUCGAAAUAUGUAACCUGAAUCCGGAUUCCUUCAACCUUGAGGAGUGCCCCGAAGGCUGUACAAAGAAAUGGGAGAUGUCUGUUUUUGAGGGCAAAUGGAUUAAAGAUAUUUCGGCUGGUGGUUGCUCACAGUAUCCCGAUACCUUUUGGAAGAAUCCUCGUUACACCGUCACCUUAAAAGAUCCGGAUACAGAUGAUGAUAUGAACGAAUGUACCAUCAUCGUAUCUCUCAUGCAGAAGAACCGUCGCUCCCAACUUCACCAGGGCCUGGGCUUACUCGCCAUAGGAUUUGAUAUUUACCGUCUCCCAGAUCACGAAAAUGUUCCGUUACAAUUCAACUCCAUUAUCUACGAAAAUUGCGUGGGAUGUACUGAAAAUUUUAAUCAUGAAAGAGAAGUCAGUCAGCGUUACCAAUUAGAACCGGGCUCCUAUGUAAUCGUGCCUUCAACCUACAGCCCAAAUUUAGAAGCAGAAUUCCUCUUACGGGUGUUCUCUGAGAUGAGCAAUAACAUGACUGAAAACGACGAAGAUGUCUAUAUGAGCGAUCUUGACGACAGGGUAAAAAAUAUGUCACUCAAUCCUGAACCAGCGGAUCCAAUUCGUGACUUGUUCGACCGCUUGGCCGGUGCAGAUGGGGAGGUUGACUGGCAAGAGUUAAAGGAGAUUCUGGACUAUGCUAUGAGGGAGGAACUUGAAGGUGAAGGUUUCUCCGAGAAAGUUUGCAAGAGGAUGAUCGCGAUGCUGGAUAAGGAUGCUUCCGGAAGUCUCGGCUUCAAAGAGUUUAAAUCUCUGUGGAUUGAUCUGAGGCAGUGGCGGGCGGUCUUUCGCCUGUACGACACCGAGGGUCACGGCGCUAUCCCGCAGAAACACUUGCGCGACGCGCUGCACUCGGCCGGGUACACGGUCAACGCGCACGUGCUCAACGUGCUCGCGCACAGACACGGCUCAAGGUAUGGGAUACGGUUCGCCGAGUUCAUAGUGUGCCUUGUGCGACUCAAAACCAAGAUCGGAGAGACAACAAUAAGGUAUAAAUAA